GAUUUCUCUCUCCUCCAGGCUCGUAUCAGUAGUGACUAGUGAGAAAAGAAGAAAGAAGAAGGCGCUGGUAAAAUUACCCAAAAUACAGAAACGAAAAGAAAAAGAAGAAUAAUGGUGGGGACGAAUCUGAAAGCGGAGACGAUGGGUCUGAUGGAGAAGAGGAGUGCUCUAGAGGCGGAGAUGAAUGCCGUCAUCGAGCGUCUUACGCAACCCGGUGGCCCUGGAAUCUCCGGCAACCUCCUUGACUCCGAGGGUUUUCCCCGUCACGAUAUUGACAUCCCAACUGUGCGAGCGGAAAGGCGUCGUCUUGCUGAAUUGCGAAAUGAUCACAAAGAGAUUACAGAGAAACUGAACGAAAAUAUACAAGUUCUGCACUCAGCAAGGCUUGCUCCUAAAUCAUCAUCCCUCAAAGAUUCAGAUGACCAAAGCGCAUCAGUUGUCAACGUUGUUGCAUCUGCAUCCUCAACUAAUGUUCAUAGUGAUUCUACCAAUGCCAUGGAUGUGGACGUGAUUGUGAGAGUACCCUUUGCGUUGGUUGAUGAGAUAGCUGAUGCAUCGCCAGCAGGAGAAGAUGGUUUACAGCUUGGAGAUCAGAUUGUUAAAUUCGGCAAUGUGGAAAUUGGUGAUAAUUUGCUGCAGAGACUUGCUUCUGAGGCUCAAACUAAUCAGGGCCAUGGGAUACCUGUAAUACUUGUAAGGCAAGGUGCUCAAGUCAACUUAACGGUGACACCUAGAACAUGGCAAGGCAGGGGUCUGCUGGGUUGCCAUUUCCGGAUCCUGUGAGCAGUUGGUUUUCCAGUUCUUCACAAGCCACCAGAAGAUUCAAGUCAAGACAGUUUAGUUGUUGCUCUUGAUAAUGUCAAAUUUCAAAACAUAGGGCACUUUAUUAUAAAUACACUGAGAUCCUGAGAUUAUUUGCUUUAUUUUUGCGAAUGUUGGAUGAGACACACAUGGGAUUUCUAUCUCAAUCUUGAAGACUACAUUUGGUUC